UCUGUCACUGUCAAAACGAAGUGGAUGAGCUUGCAACUUGCGUCUUCAAUACUAUUCAUUAUACUUUGUAUUUGAGAACAAAUAACUUACUAAAAAUUGUUUUUUACCCUUUAUUUUAAAUUUACGAAGAAAAGCUUAAACCAUAAAAAUGUCUACAAAUACGGGUAAAAUUAUAAAAAUGGAGGUGGACUAUGAAGACACCUGCAAUGAAAAGAUCCCAGUGUGGAAAUCAUUGGCUUCAAGUGGCAGAGUUCAAGAAGCAAUAGAUCAACUAUUGGCAUUGGAAAAACAAACAAGAACAGGAGCUGACAUGGCUUCAACAGCAAGAAUUUUAGUGACCAUCGUACAAAUUUGGUUUGAAGCUAAGAACUGGCCUGCACUAAAUGAUCAUAUUGUUCUUUUGUCAAAGAGAAGAUCGCAACUUAAGCAAGCAGUGGUAAAAAUGGUACAAGAAUGCUACACUUAUGUAAACAAGACCCCAGAUAAAGAAACAAAGAUCAAGUUAAUUGAAACCCUAAGGUCAAUAACGGAGGGUAAGAUUUACGUUGAAGUAGAACGAGCAAGACUUACCAACAUUUUAGCAAAAAUAAGGGAAGAAGAAGGUGAUGUGGCAGAAGCUGCAAAGAUAAUACAAGAACUUCAAGUUGAAACAUAUGGAUCUAUGGAUAAGCGUGAGAAAGUAGAACUGAUAUUGGAACAAAUGAGACUUUGCCUUGCAAUCAAAGACUAUAUUCGCACACAGAUUAUAUCAAAGAAAAUUAAUACUAAAUUCUUUGAAGAGGAUGAUACUCAGGAGUUGAAAGAGAAAUUCUAUCGUAUAAUGAUAGCGGUGGACCAACAGAAUGGGCAGUAUCUGUCUGUGUGUAGACAUUUCCGUGCCCUGGGUGUGGCUGGUGGGUCUGAUGCUCUGAUUGGAAGUGUAGUGUUCCUGAUACUGGCUCCAUACGACAAUGAGCAGGCUGAUCUCACACACAGAGUUAAUGAAGAUAAAGACCUGGACAAACUACCUGAAUACAAGCAAUUGUUGGGAUUGUUCAUCAACCCAGAGAUCAUAAGAUGGAACACUCUCUGCUCUACUUACGAGAAGAUGCUGCGAAAGACCCCUUACUUUAACUCCUCUGAAGAAAAAGGUCAGGAGCGCUGGAAUGACCUCAAAAAUAGAGUUGUUGAACAUAACAUCCGUAUAAUGUCGAUGUACUACACGCGCAUCUCGCUGCAGCGCAUGAGCGCGCUGCUGGGGCUGGGCGCCACGGAGACGGAGGACGCGCUCAGCCAGCUCGUCGUCAGCGCCGUCGUCAAGGCCAAGAUAGACCGCCCCGCAGGAGUCGUCCACUUCAGCUUGAACAUGGAUUCAUCAGACCGUCUGAAUGAGUGGUCUCACAACCUGAACACUCUGAUGCAGCUCGUCAACAAGACCACACAUCUCAUCAACAAGGAGGAGUGCGUCCACAAACAUCUGUUAGCCGCUGCUGAGUGAACAAUUCACGUUUAUGUACUAAAAUAUUAUAUUAUGUAAUACAUUUAUUAAUAAAUUACCUUACUUAA